AUGAAGUCUGAUGGCACAUUGGAGAGGUACAAAGAUCGACUAGUAGCUCAAGGAUAUAAACAAGAAUAUGGAUUGGACUAUGAGGAGACUUUUGCUCCUGUUGCAAAGAUGACGACAAUUCGGUACAACCAAGCUCAAUGUGAUAUGUUUUGCCGUCUUCGUAAAUCUCUUUAUGGUCUCAAGCAAGCACCACGUGCAUGGUUUGAGAAGUUUCGAUCUACCAUCAUAAAUGCUGGAUUUUCUCAUUGUGUUUCUGAUUAUUUAUUAUUCAUCCGACACUCCAAUACUGGUAUGACAAUUUUACUGUUGCAUGUGGAUGAUAUAAUUAUAACCGGCAAUGAUGAGAAUGGAAUUGAUAGUAUCAUGCUAAGCCAAAGGAAAUAUGCAGAGGAUCUUGUCACACAAGCAUGUAUAAGGGAUCAAAAGGUAGCUCACAAACCUAUGGAGAUCAAUGUGAGGUACAAAAAUGAUGAUGGGGACCCUCCUGCAGAACCAACAUUGUACAUGAAGCUCAUUGGUUGUCUAAUCUAUUUGACAAUAACAAGAUCUGACAUCUCUUAUCCGGUUCAAGUUUUGAGCCAAUUUGUUACAAAUCCUUGCCAACAUCAUUUUUUUGCCCUCCUUAGAAUCAUUCGCUAUGUUCAGAGUACAAUUAAUCGAGGUCUUUUCAUUCAUUCAACAUCAUCUCUAAAUCUUGAAGGGUAUGCAGAUUGGACAGGAUGUCCAAACUCUUGGAAGUCUACGACAGGAUGUUGUAUGUUAAUCAGAUCAUCACUUGUCUCAUGGAAGUGCAAGAAGCAGCCAAAAUUUUCAAAAUCAUCAACAGAGGCAAAAUAUAGAUCAAUGUCAGCUGCUUGUUCUGCAAUUGUGUGGAUACGUCGAUGA